AGAGGAGAGCGGCCCGGGCCAGCUCCGGCGCUAGCGCUGCGGCUCGUAGCGGAGGACUACAGCGACAAGGACGAGGGCCCGCUCGCCCUCCUCCCUGCGUGCGCCGCCGCUCCUUGCAGCUGGCCGGCCCUCGGGAGUGCCGGCGAGGAAGAGCUAUCGGAGUGAUGAUGAUUGUGGAUUCCUCUGUGGGAUUAGAAGCCACAUCUAUUGUGAUUGGAAAACUCCAGGAAUAACGGCAGACAUGGAUGAACAGGCUCUUUUAGGGCUAAACCCAAAUGCUGAUUCAGACUUUAGACAGAGGGCCCUGGCUUAUUUUGAGCAGUUAAAGAUUUCCCCGGAUGCUUGGCAGGUGUGCGCAGAGGCCCUGGCACAGAAGACGCACAGUGAUGAUCACAUAAAGUUUUUCUGCUUCCAAGUAUUAGAACAUCAAGUUAAAUACAAGUACUCAGAACUCAGCACAGCUCAGCAGCAGCUGAUCAGGGAGACGCUCCUGUCAUGGCUUCAGGCUCAGAUGCUGAAUCCCCAACCAGAGAAGACAUUUAUACGAAACAAAGCAGCCCAAGUCUUCGCCUUGCUUUUUGUUACAGAGUAUCUCACUAAAUGGCCCAAGUUUUUUUUUGACAUUCUCUCAGUCGUGGACCUAAACCCAAGGGGCGUGGAUCUGUAUUUGCGCAUCCUCAUGGCCAUUGAUUCAGAGUUGGUGGACCGUGAUGUAGUUCAUACAUCAGAGGAGGCUCGCAGGAAUACUCUGAUAAAAGAUACCAUGCGAGAACAGUGCAUUCCAAAUCUGGUGGAGUCGUGGUACCAGAUUCUACACAAUUACCAGUAUACCAAUUCAGAAGUGCUGUGCCAGUGCCUUGAAGUAGUUGGGGCUUACGUCUCUUGGAUAGACUUAUCCCUCAUAGCCAAUGAUAGGUUUAUAAAUAUGCUGCUAAGUCACAUGUCAGUAGAAGUUCUACGGGAGGAGGCAUGCGACUGUUUAUUUGAAAUCGUGAAUAAAGGGAUGGACCCUGUGGAGAAGAUGAAGCUGGUAGAGUCCUUGUGUCAAGUGUUGCAGACUGCCGGGUUUUUCAGCAUUGACCAGGAAGAAGAUUUGGACUUCGUGGCCAGGUUUUCUAAGCUGGUAAAUGGAAUGGGACAGUCCUUAAUAGUUAGCUGGACUAAGUUAAUUAAGAAUGGGGCUGUCAAGAAUGCUCAAGAGGCACUUGAAGCUAUUGAGACAAAAGUUCCACUUAUGUUACAGCUGCUAGUUCAUGAGGAUGAUGAUAUUUCCUCCAACAUUAUUGGAUUUUGUUAUGAUUAUCUGCAUAUUUUAAAACAGCUUUCAGUGCUCUCAGAUCAGCAAAAAGCUAACAUAGAGGCAAUCAUGUUGGCCGUUAUGAAAAAAUUGACUUAUGAUGAAGAAUAUAAUUUUGAAAAUGAAGGUGAAGAUGAAGCCAUGUUUGUAGAGUACAGAAAACAGCUGAAGUUGCUGUUGGACAGGCUCGCUCAGGUGUCCCCGGAGCUAGUGCUGGCUUCCGUUCGCAGAGUGUUGAGUGCCACACUGCAGAAUUGGCAGACUACACGCUUCAUGGAGGUUGAAGUGGCAGUAAGGCUGCUGUACAUGCUGGCGGAAGCUCUCCCAGUGUCCCAUGGUGCUCACUUCUCAGGUGACGUUUCAAAAGCUAGUGCUUUGCAGGACAUGAUGCGAACGUUGGUGACAUCAGGUGUCAGCUCCUAUCAGCACACGUCCGUGACUCUGGAAUUCUUUGAAACUGUUGUUCGAUACGAGAAGUUUUUCACUGUUGAACCUCAGCACAUUCCGUGUGUACUAAUGGCUUUCUUAGACCACAGGGGUCUGUGGCAUUCCAGCGCUAAAGUCCGGAGCAGAACUGCCUACCUGUUUUCUAGAUUUGUCAAAUCUCUCAAUAAACAAAUGAACCCUUUCAUUGAGGAUAUUUUGAAUAGAAUACAAGACUUAUUAACCCUUUCUCCGCCUGAGAAUGGUUACCAGGCCUUGCUGAGCAGUGACGACCAGCUCUUCAUCUACGAAGCCGCGGGCGCACUGAUUGUUAGCAGUGAUUACCCAGCAGAGAACAAGCGGGCCUUAAUGAAGGACCUCCUGACGCCGCUGAUGGAGAGGUUCAAGGUUCUGUUGGAAAAGCUGAUGAUGGCGCAAGACGAAGAGAGGCAAGCAUCUCUUGCAGAUAGUCUCAGCCACGCAGUGGGAUUUGCCAGUCGAACCAGCAAGGCGUUCAGCAACAAGCAGACCGUGAAGCAGUGCGGCUGCUCCGAGGUUUACCUGGACUGCUUACAGACCUUCCUGCCGGCCCUCAGCUGCCCUGUGCAGAAGGACACUCUGAGGAGUGGGGUUCGCACUUUCCUUCAUCGCAUGAUCAUUUGCCUGGAGGAGGAGGUUCUUCCGUUCAUCCCGUCUGCCUCAGAGCACAUGCUCAAAGAUUGUGAAGCAAAAGACCUCCAGGAAUUCAUUCCCCUCAUCAACCAGAUCACGGCCAAGUUCAAGAUUCAGGUAUCCCCAUUUUUACAGCAGAUGUUCAUGCCCCUGCUUCAUGCCAUUUUUGAAGUGCUGCUGCGACCAGCAGAAGACAAUGACCAGUCAGCCGCGCUGGAGAAGCAGAUGCUGAGGAGGAGUUACUUCGCCUUCCUGCAAACAGUCACUGGCAGCGGAAUGAGCGAAGUGAUCGCCAAUCAAGGUGCGGAGAAUGUAGAGCGGGUGCUGGUUACUGUUAUCCAAGGAGCCGUUGAGUAUCCAGAUCCGAUCGCACAGAAAACGUGUUUUAUCAUUCUCUCAAAGCUGGUGGAGCUCUGGGGAGGCAAAGAUGGACCAGUGGGAUUUGCUGAUUUUGUUUAUAAACACAUUGUCCCUGCAUGUUUCCUGGCCCCUUUAAAGCAGACCUUUGACCUGGCUGAUGCACAGACCGUGUUGGCGCUUUCUGAGUGUGCUGUGACUCUGAAAACAAUUCAUCUCAAACGGGGCCCUGAAUGUGUGCAGUACCUUCAGCAAGAGUACCUGCCCUCCUUACAAGUCGCUCCAGAAAUAAUUCAGGAGUUCUGUCAAGCACUUCAGCAGCCUGAUGCUAAAGUUUUUAAAAAUUACCUAAAGGUGUUCUUCCAGAGAGCAAAGCCCUGAGGACUGGAUUUCCCUGUCCUGUGUCAUGACCAGGAGUUCCAGAUAGUAAUUUAUAAAGAAGCAGUUGUUGUGUGCCAUUCAACAUUCGUCUUUUAACAUUGUUUUGAGUGUAUUGCUGUGACGUGGGACUUUAUGUAAAUGGUGUAAUGUUUCCCUAAAUGCAGGUAUGUGGCAGUUGCCUGCAUGCCAGUUGACACUGUUUAUAAGACAUAGCUUUAUCCUCGUACCUUAACUUUUCCUUUAUAUAAAACUCUAAAGUUCUUUAUAAAAAAAAAAAAACUAUAGCAGUGGGAAACUGACUCUAACAAUUGAAUGUAAAGUUGAAAAUGUUCAGUUUUGUGUGCAGACACAAACUAUGGGGUAACAAUCAAAACGUAAAUUUUUUUCUGUAGAUAGCCAUUACAUUUCUUUAAACUGUUUCAUUGCCAAUGGGUAUCCUAUAAGAAAAUGGGUUCCUAAAUUAGUUGAUUAAAAAGUAGGUGCUGGUGUUACACAUUUUUUAUAAAAAAUAAAUUUUACAUAGUGAAAUACA